GCGGGCGUCCGGGAGUUCCCGGAAGUGGCUGGUCGUCGGCUUCCGGUACAGGCUGGGGAAAAAUGGCGUUGGCCACGGUCUUCCCGGCUCUGUCGCGGAUGCUUGCUCUGUCAAGGCAACACCUAGUGUCUCCUUUGCUCAGCAUGACAUCAUUCAGCCGUUUCUACAGAGGUGGCAGCCCGACAGAUUCCCAGAAAGAUAUGAUUGAAAUCCCUUUGCCUCCAUGGCAGGAGCGAACUGAUGAAUCCAUAGAAACCAAAAGAGCCCGCCUGGUCUAUGAGAGCAGAAAGAGGGGAAUGCUGGAGAACUGCAUUCUGCUUAGCCUCUUUGCUAAAGAAUAUCUGCACCACAUGACAGAGAAACAGCUGAACCUCUAUGAUCGCCUGAUUAAUGAGCCCAGUAAUGACUGGGACAUUUACUACUGGGCUACAGAAGCAAAACCGGCCCCAGAAAUAUUUGAAAAUGAAGUCAUGGCACUGCUGAGAGACUUUGCUAAAAACAAAAACAAGGAGCAGAGGCUGCGCGCCCCAGAUCUUGAAUACCUCUUUGAAAAGCCACGUUGAGCUGCGCGCCACUACCUGCCGAGGGGGCUCAGUCCACAGACCCUAACUGCUUAUGAUGGAUACUGGCUUCAACUUCCUGCUUUUCCUUAGACACUCAGCUCACCGGACCCUUCGUCCUGCCCCCAGUGAUGAACCCACCUCUCUUCCAGGAUAUACAAACAUUCAGUGUCUCAUUCUAACACUUUUUAUUCAGUUCCAGGCCUCAAAAGUGGUUUAGAAGUGGGAGGGGUUCCUCUAGCAACCCAGCUGUGUGUGAAAUUGCCUUUAAAAUUAAGAUUCACCUACAGCCAACAGUGCUGAAUUUACUUUCACUAGUUUUUCUGAAAUAAAGUAGUUAAAAAGAAGCAGAUUUUGUGUUACUUCAUUUUACCUGUAAAAAACUGAUUAAAGAAAAACUGCAAUAUUAA